CUUCUGUCUCCCCUCCCUGCCGGGAAAUCCUCUGGGUGUCCUCCCCUCUGAUGGGAUUAUCCAGGCCGGCACAGGCCUCUAACUGGGUAAUCAGCCACAUGACUGUUCCCUGCUUUGCUAGGAUUAUCUAGGCCUGCACAGUCCUCUUCCAUACCUGCAGCAUGGACGUCUCUCUACUCCUCAAUGUGGAGGGUGUCAAAAAGACCAUUCUGCAUGGGGGGACGGGAGAACUCCCUAACUUCAUCACUGGCUCCCGAGUGACCUUCCAUUUCCGAACCAUGAAGUGUGAUGGGGAACACACAGUGAUUGAUGACAGCAGGCAGGUGGGCCAACCCAUGAGCAUCAUCAUCGGCAACAUGUUCAAGCUGGAGGUGUGGGAGACGCUGCUGAUGUCCAUGCGGCUCGGGGAAGUGGCUGAAUUCUGGUGCGAUACCAUCCACACAGGGGUCUACCCUAUGUUGUCCCGCAGUCUGCGGCAGGUGGCUGAGGGCAAGGACCCCACCAGCUGGCAUGUGCACACAUGCGGGUUGGCCAACAUGUUCGCGUACCAUACUCUGGGCUAUGAGGACCUGGAUGAGCUACAGAAAGAGCCCCAGCCUCUCAUCUUCCUGAUUGAGCUACUGCAGGUGGAGGCCCCGAGUGAGUACCAGAGGGAGACGUGGAAUCUGAAUAAUGAGGAGAAGAUGCAGGCUGUGCCUCUCCUUCACGGAGAAGGCAACAGGCUCUUCAAGCUGGGCCGCUAUGACCAGGCUGCCACCAAGUACCAGGAGGCCAUCGUGUGCCUCAGGAACCUUCAGACCAAGGAGAAGCCGUGGGAGGUUGAGUGGCUGAAGUUGGAGAAGAUGAUCAACACUCUGAUCCUCAACUACUGCCAGUGCCUGCUGAAGAAGGAGGAGUAUUAUGAGGUGUUGGAGCAUACCAGUGACAUCCUACGACACCACCCAGGGAUCGUGAAGGCCUACUAUGUGCGUGCACGCGCUCAUGCAGAGGUGUGGAACGCUGAGGAGGCCAAGGCGGACCUCGAGAAAGUGCUGGAGCUGGAGCCUUCCAUGCGCAAGGCGGUGCUCAGGGAACUGCGGCAGCUGGAGAGCCGCCUGGCGGACAAGCAGGAGGAGGAGCGGCAGCGUUGCCGGAACAUGCUGGGCUAGGCUGGCCUGGGC